UAUUAUCGUAUUGAUGUCACCUAGUUCUACAUUCCGUACACUGUGAAUUUGAGGUGCUUUUGUAGAUUCUUCAUCACUUGGUGUCUGAAAGCUCAGCUAUCCAGUCCCUCUGAAAAGACAGUUGUUCACUUGUUCACUGCGUUCAGCAAAAUUGUUUAUUCAAACCUGUUCAAAACUCAAACAUGGAAGCCCACAUCAUUUUUCAACAAGUCCAAAAGAUGAGACCAUCCUGCUUCUCUGUAGAAGAGCAAUGUUGCUACAAAGCAGAGAAAAUGAUGCUGAGGCAGUUUAUGCUCUUGAAGCAGCGGGGGCAAGUUCCACGUUAUUUAUCUGUCAGAGACAUGAAGACCUGGCUGUUGAGAGGAAGAAGCUUCCUGGAGGAGUUUCUGGAAACAAAUGAGAGUACUGGGGAAAGGGACCUGUUCAUGGCUGAAUUGGCCUGGACCACAGCGAGGCACUUCUGUCUCGCUCAGAUGGAAGAAGAGCUCCUGGAGGAACUGAACAAAGAAAAGCAGCUUUCACAGCUGUUGAGCAGGGAGGUCACACUGGAGGGCCUUGAGAUGUUUGUCUCAGUCGUCCACCCAGCAGCAGAGGAGGAUGUAAAAACCUUCCUUCCAUCUAUGUACGGCAAACUGCUAAGAAUUUUCGGAGGCAUUCAGAUCAACAGCGGUCCACUCUCUGAAGGGGACACAAAACCAGCAGAGCUCUUGGAGCUUGAACAGAGUGCUGCGUCCCUGGUGCCAGAGGUGGUGGACAUUGCUCUCAAGUUCCUCCUGGAGGAACCAGAGCUAAAAGACAAAUGUAAACUUGCCAGUGCUGAGAUUGGCAAACUUCUGACUAACUCAGCAGCUCCUUGCCUUUCUCAGUUUGGAUCUGUGUCAAGAACUGUUGUGCUUAGCGUCUGCACUAGAGCUGCCCGAUCCAUUGUGAAAGCCAUCUUUGAGAGGUUCGACCAGCGCUCCAAGUCCUUCCACCAGAUGGACUAUGAUGAGAGUGAUUUCUCUGCCGGAUACGGUGCCAUCAUUGCUAUCCAGGAAAUGGUCAAAGAAAAGUACCUUCGGCUCUUCGCCUCAGAGGAGCAGGAAGGGGCACUUCUUGAGAAGAGAGAGGUUUCUCCACAAGUGCAUGAAAAUAUGGCCACUGCUCCAAACGAUGUGACCGAGGACACAGUCUUGGUCAAAUCGGGAACCAGUGUGGCUGUGUUCGUGGCUGAUGAGCCGGAAGAACUGCAGCAGGAAGAUGUGAAGGAAUCGCACACAGAAGAAACCCUGGUUCAGGACACUGCCAUCCAGAACAUGGACCACGGAGUGCGAACAGAUACAUCCACCCACAGUCACGCUGGCCUCUGGAGUUCAGAGAGACUGGAGGACCAACUACUGGAGAAGCAGGAAACCUCCCAAGGAGUCCCCGGGGAUGAAGAGUUGGCCAUUAUGCAAUAUCAUUUGACUGAGGUAUCAUCGUCAGUCAAUCUGCAGGCCAAUGUGGCUGUCAACAUUAUCGAGGAGAUUCAAGUACUGCAGCGGGAAGAAGAAAAACAGAAAUCCCUUGUCCAGCACUGUGAUAUGAAGAGAAAGAAGGGAGUGCGUACCUUCUUCCGUGGUGUGUGGAAGAUGAUGACAUGCUGCUUUAGUGUAUCCACAAUGGACUAAAUCCAAUCCAUAUUCCAACAAAAAUUCAACUAAAAUCCCUUCAUCCCUACUCCCUUCACCCUGUUCCCCUCAUCCCCUCAUCCCUGCUCUCCCUGCUCUCCUCAUCCCUGCUCCCCUCAUCCCUGCU